AUGUCACUUGAAGUCAUCUACGUCACUCGCCAUGGGUUCCGAUCCGGCUGGAGUGUCGACCCUUUGACUGGCGUCUACUCUGCCUUCAUACGGUCGCCCACAGGUAUCCCCGCAGAUCCGGCUCUGACGUCCCAUGGAGUUUCGCAGGCAAAAGAGAUGGGGAUGCAUUUGAUGACUCUAGAUCCCCCCAUCGAUGCCAUCUAUUCAAGUCCCUACUAUCGCUGCCUGCAAACGAUAACACCGUUUGUUGAGCUCAAGCAACAACAACUGAAUGGUAAAUCAAGCAUCCGGGGUUCUGCGACCGCCACUGUCUGUCCAGAAUACGGAAUAGGCGAGUUCUUUGGGGCAGCGCCAUUCGAUCACCCAAUCCCAGCCUCUCCCAAGCGACUCAAAGAGCUAUUUCCAGCUUAUGAUGACAGCUACGUGCCUGUUAUAACGCCUUCUAGAAAAGGCGAGACGAUCAACGACCUGUAUGAGCGUGUUGCAACGGCUGUGCAAGGCAUCAUCGACCGCUGCGAUGCAGACGGAAAACGUGCAGUGGUGCUUUGCACCCAUGCAGCCGUUGUCAUAGCCUUGGGCCGUGUUCUCACCGGUCACAUACCUGACGCCGUCGAAGAAGAGGACUUCCACGCCUUUACUUGCGGCUUGAGCACGUACCGCCGACGGGACAUCCAGAUAUGCUCAAGGUCGGGUCUUGACGAAUCCCAUGCGUCCAUAAACGAACGCAACUCGCUAGGAGAGUGGCAGUGCAUAGAAGACAGUGACUGUAGUUUUCUAAGCUCUGGAGGUGAACGAGGCUGGAAAUUUUCAGGCGAUGAAUCGUUCCCGGGAACUGGCUCAAUGUCACAAGGGGAUAUCGAUUCCAAACUAUAG